CAUAUUUUUUUUCAAACUUUCUCUGGUUCAUAUUAUCUCUCCCAAUCUCAUGGAUGACAUUCAAAUCCUCUCAAUCGAACUCUACACAUUGGAUUUUCUUUCACAUUUAUCAAUCCCCAAGAGCAAUUUGGAGUCUUGUGAUCACUCGUCAGUCGCAUUCAUUGUCACUGGUUCAGUUCUCUCACUCUCUCCUGUACAUCUUUUCACGUUAGGAGUAGUUUACAUGCUGUUCUUCACAUAAUGAUGGGUUUCUAGGGUUUUUGAUUAUUUGUAAUUCUCGACAUGUAAUGGGUAUUAUGUUAUUGCAAGUUCAAGAAUGAUAGGGACAUCAGUCCUCCGUCAAACCCAUGUUUUGAUGUUACAAGAUGAUCAUUUCCAAAAUCUAGAAUGUAAUCACAGUUUUAAAGAACAGGAAUUCAUCUCUGUUUUGAAGAACUGCAAUAGCAUUGCAGAAAUUAAGCAAAUUCAUGCUCAGGUGAUUAAGCUUGAUUUGAUAUGGAAUUCAUUAUAUGCAAACAAUCUUGUUGUCACUUGUGCUCUCUCGGAUUGGGGUAGCAUGGAUUAUGCCUGCUCCAUAUUCCAACAGAUUGAUGAUCCAGAUUCUUAUGUAUUCAAUAGUUUGAUUAGAGGUCAUGUAAAAAACAUGAAUCCAGAGGAUGCACUCUAUGUGUUUGAUGAAAUGCUUGAGAGAGGUGUUGUACCUGAUAACUUCACUUUUCCUAUCCUUCUCAAAGCAUGUACCAAUUUGAGGGCUAUUAAAGAAGGAAAUCAAAUUCAUGCCCUGAUUUUCAAGCUAGGGCUUGACCAUGAUGUAUAUAUACAGAACAGCUUGAUUAAUAUGUAUGGAAAAUGUAAAGAGAUUCAACACUCUUAUGCUGUUUUCCAUAAUAUGGAAGAAAGAACCCUUUCUUCAUGGAGUGCCCUAAUCUCAUCUCAUUCUGGCUUAGGUAUGUUUUCUGAUUGUCUUGACCUUUUUCGAGGUAUGAACGAAGAUGGAUGUCGAAAAACCGACGAAAGCUUAUUAGUUAGCGUGAUUUCUGCUUGCACCCAUCUCGGUUUUCUUGAUUUGGGAAGAAGCUUACAUGCUUAUCUAUUGAGGAACUUUAGUAAACUCAAUGUUGCGGUUGAAACUUCUUUAGUAGAUUUAUACGUUAAAUGUGGUUCUAUUGAAAAAGGGUUGUCUCUUUUCGAUAGAAUGAAUGUCAAGAACCAACUUUCCUAUUCGGUUAUGAUAUCGGGGUUUGGGUUAUACGGAGGUUUCCAUGAAGCUCACAAGCUUUUUGUGGAAAUGAUCGAGCUAGGGCUACAACCGGAUCAUGUAGUUUACGUAGGUUUAUUGAGCAGUUGUGCCCAUGCAGGCUCGGUUGAGCUUGGUUUGGAAUUUUUCGAUAGAAUGAGACUCGAACAUGGUAUAGAGCCUACGGUUCAACAUUAUGGUUGCAUGGUUGAUCUUUUGGGCCGAGCCGGGAAAGUUAAGGAAGCGUUUGCUUUAAUUGAGGGAAUGUCGAUGGAACCGAACGACGUCGUUUGGCGAUCGCUUCUCACGUCGUGCAGGCUUCACAACGAGUUAAGGCUCGGGGAAAUCGCAGCCAAACGGAUACUCCUACUAAACGUGGGCGAUUUCACAAUGCUAUCGGAUUUAUACGCGAGGAACGGAAUGUGGGAUGACGUGGCGGCAGUUCGGAAGGAAAUUGUCGAGAUGGGGUUGUCGCGAAAUUUGGGGAAGUGUACGGUUGAGAUGAAAAGGAGAGUAUAUGCUUUUGUUUCGCAGGAUAGGUCGCAUUCCGAUUCGAGUAGAAUAUACGAGAUGAUUCAUCAAAUGGAAUGGCAAUUGAGAUUUGAAAGAUAUUGUCCCGAUUUAUCGCAAGUUUUGUUUGAUGUUGAUGAUGAAGAGAAGAGACAGUUGUUGAGCGGACAUAGUCAGAAGUUGGCGAUUGCGUUUGCGCUCUUGAACAAUUCUGGUUCUCGGGUUAUAAGGAUAGUUAGGAACGUUAGAAUGUGCGGAGACUGUCAUGCUUAUACUAAACUCGUCUCGAUGAUUUAUGAAAAGGAAAUUGUAGUCAAGGAUCGUAACGUUUUUCAUAGAUUUAGGGAUGGAAGAUGUUCAUGUAGAGACUAUUGGUGAAAAUUAUUUGAAAUUGAAAUUUUUAUUUUUUCUCAUCCAAUUUGUUUGAAUUACUAGUUAAC